AGACCCGGCACUUUAGUACGCGUACGCCCUCGGUGCCGUCAUGAGGGCCCAAAAUUUUUGGUUCUUCUUCCUCGCGCUGCCGGGUUUCGUGCUGACCAGAGAAGCCGCCUCGACCUGCUACGACUAUCAACUUCGCCCGAAGAAAUGUCUGCCGGAAUUCGAAAACGCCGCCUUCAACAGGGAAGUCGAAGCAUCGAACACGUGCGGAGAGGACGGCGAAACUCGAUACUGCGCUCAAAUAGGCACAACACAGACGCAAUUCUGCUCCGUAUGUCGACCGGGAGAUCAUCCUCCGUCAUACUUGACCGACGUCGACAAGAUAGGCAACCUCACCUGGUGGCAGUCGGGCACCAUGAGCGACGGCAUCCAGUACCCCAACAUGGUCAACAUUACCAUUCAUUUCGGUAAGGCUUACGAUCUGACCUACAUUCGGCUUCUGUUCGUUUCCCCGAGGCCAGAAAGUUUAGCCAUAUACAAGAGAGUCAAAGAAAACGGACCCUGGAUUCCCAUGCAAUAUUACAGCUCAGACUGCCGUAGGAUGUAUGGUUUGGAGGACCGUCGUUCGAUAACCACAGGAGAAGCCGAAUCGACCCCACUUUGCACUUCAGAAUAUUCAGGCAUUUCUCCGCUGACUGGGGGAAACAUCGCCUUCUCAACAGCUGAAGGAAGGCAACAUGCUUUCAUCAACUUUGACAGAAAACCAGCACUUCAUGAUUUUGUAACUGCCACAGACAUUCGAAUAACUCUAAACCGAAUGAACACAUUUGGUGAUGAAAAUUAUGGAGCUGAAAAUGUCCUCAGUUCAUACUACUAUGCCAUCAGUGAGAUAUCUGUCGGUGCCAGGUGCAAGUGCAAUGGCCAUGCCAAUCGCUGUGAAUACGAUUAUAACCUGUACAAAAAAGUGUGCGCAUGUCAGCACAACACGACAGGCGACGACUGCGAACAGUGCAUGCCGUUCCAUUUUGACCAACCAUGGAAAAGAGCAUCAGAUACUGACACUUCAGCAUGCCAACCUUGCAACUGCAAUGGGUAUUCACAGAAGUGCUUCUAUGACCAGAAGUUGUACGAAGAGACGGGGCACGGAGGACAUUGUCUUGACUGCACAGCCAACAGGGAUGGACCGCACUGUGAACGCUGUCGGGACAACUAUUACCUCGAUGAAGACACUAAAGAAUGCCUGCCUUGCGACUGUAACGAAAUCGGUUCGAUGAAUCUCCAAUGUAACUCGAACGGGAAAUGCAUCUGCAAAUUUGGCGUGGAUGGAGAAAAGUGCGAAAAGUGCGGCCAAGAUUUCUACGACUUCAGCAUCACCGGUUGCAAAGCGUGUAACUGUUCACAAUUGGGAAGUCUGAACACUGAAACCAGCUGCGACAAAGACGACGGAAGGUGCAGCUGCAAGGAAAAUGUCGAAGGAAAAGAAUGUCAAAAGUGUAAACCUGGUUAUUUUAACCUGGACGAAUUUAAUGAAUUUGGUUGCACCCCUUGCUUCUGCUAUGGUCAUUCUACAUCUUGUGACUCAGCCAUUGGGUAUUCCAGAGUUUGGCUUGAAUCUAUGUUUGCUCGAAAUAAUGAGAAGUGGUCAGCUGUUGAUGACACUUCAGCAUCGCAACCAUUGCAUUAUAAUCCCAGAUCCCAAGACAUAUCAGUUGUUUCAAAAGGAAGAGAAUCUGUUUACUUUCUCGCACCGAAAAAAUACCUUGGAGAUCAAAGAGCAUCGUACAAUCAGGAUUUACAGUUCAAAUUGUGGGUCGGAGAAAAAGGGGCUGCACCUUCUGUCAGUGAUAUCAUAUUGGAGAGUAAUGGGAGGCAAAUAUCGCAGACAAUUUUCGGCCAAGGCAACACUUCUCCGAGCACAACUCCUACUUUUUACAAAUUUAGAUUACAUGAACAUGGCGAUCAUGGAUGGCAACCAAAAUUGUCUUCUAUCGAAUUUAUAAGCAUCUUGUCAAAUCUGACAGCUAUCAAAAUCAGAGGAACUUACACCACUAAAGGAUCUGGUUAUCUUGACCAACUUAAACUUGGCUCAGCAGCUCGACAGGCUGCUGGACAAGCGGCUCUAUGGAUUGAACGAUGCUCUUGUCCGACUGGAUUCAUCGGUCAGUUUUGUGAAUCGUGUUCUGCAGGCUACAAGCACGAACCACCAAAUGGCGGACCAUUUGCCCAAUGUGUGCCUUGUACUUGCAACGGCCAUGCUGAAACAUGUGAUCCAGACACAGGUCGUUGUAUUUGUGAGAAUAACACAGCUGGUGAUAACUGUGAAAGGUGUGCUCAAGGCUUUUAUGGCAAUGCUCUGGCCGGCACUCCAAAUGACUGUAAACCCUGUCCCUGCAUUAAUAACGGGCCGUGCUCCUUGCUUCCCGAUUCAUCGGUUGUUUGUUCAGACUGUCCGGACGGCUAUGCAGGCGCACAUUGUGAUAUAUGCGGUGAAGGGUAUUUUGGAGUUGCUACCGGUAACAACACAAGGCCCGACUGCCAGCCUUGUGAUUGUAACAUGAACAUCGAUCCAAACGCAAUAAACAAUUGUGACAAGGAAACUGGAGAGUGUCUUAAAUGUAUUUACAACACAAGAGGUUUUCACUGUGACCAAUGUCUUGAAGGAUUUUAUGGAGAUGCCCUUUCUCCAGAAAAAGGCGAUUGUAAACCAUGUCUUUGUUAUGAGAAAGGGACAGAAGGUGGAGCUAACGGGGCUUACCAUUGCAACCAAGUUUCCGGUCAGUGCCAAUGCAAACCUAACGUCAUUGGGACUAACUGUGACCAGUGCAAACCUGGCUACUACGAUCUUGAGAGUGGCGAAGGCUGCAAACCAUGUAACUGCAACAUCACAGGUUCUGUAGGUACAACCUGCGACUUACAUUCCGGUCAAUGUAUUUGCGCUGCAGGUGUUAUGGGAUUGCAGUGUGAUAAAUGUGAGACCUAUCACUAUGGUUUUUUUGACGAGGACAUAGACGGAUGUUCCACUUGCGAUUGUGACCCCAUAGGGUCCCUUGAUUUGCAGUGUAAUGAAACUGGUCACUGCCCUUGCUUGGAAAAUUUUGAAGGGGAAAAGUGUGAUAGGUGCAAAGAGAACAAACACGAUAAGAAAAAGAAUUGUAUCGAUUGUCCCCAUUGCUACAAUUUGGUCCAGGAUGAAGUGAACAAACACAGAGAAAAUUUGGCCAAACUUAAAGAUGUGAUGGAGAACCUCAGGAAUACCCCUUUGUACCAUGACGUACAGUUCGACGAGCAAAUUGUAUUAGUUACUCAAAUGGUUGAUAAUUUAUGGAAAAAUGCCAAAUCAGCAGCUGGAGAUGACAAUGAGCUUGAAGCUAAGAUUGAGGAACUUAGGAAAAAGUUUAAUACGAUGAAAGAAACAACUAUGAAAAUUGUGGAUGAUUUAAAAGAUACAGAAUUCCUUGUGGAUGAAGCUGAUAACAAUGCUACUUCCAUUAAACAAGCCUCUGAAAAAUCUAUAAUUGAUGUGAAGAACGCAAUGGAGCACCUUACGGUUGAUGGUUUAUUAGCUCUCAAUUUGGCCAGAAAUAAAUCAAAAGAAUCAGGUCAAAAGAAUCAACUUAUGACUGAUAUUGCACAUCGUGCUAGAACUAUAGUCACUGAGCAGUUGAAUGAAGUCAAAGAAACAGAAAUGAUUGCUAAAAACGCCUUUGAUACCUGCGAAGAAGCUAUUGGACUUUUGAACCAAGCGAAGGAUAAGCAGACAAAUGCAACGAGAGAGCUAGAACAGUUAAGCACAGAUAUAGAACAGGCAAGAAUGGAGAUGGACCGAGUAACCAAGUUAGCAAAUAACACUUUAGAUACUGUUUCCAAAGCCUACCAGGAAGCCCUAAAUUUUGCCGUCGAGAUCAAUAAUCUCGUUGAGCCACAAGUAGAUGUCGGAGCGAUAAGAUCUGAAACUGACAUGCAACUGAAAAGACUUGAAGACCUACAAAUAUCAAUACAGAAAGCUGAAGAACAGUAUAAAGAGGAAACAAGCGGAAUAGAAGAUGAGUUGGUCGACAGCCAGAAAAAUCUAGAGAGAGCGAUGGCUUUGCAGAAGGAAGCAGACCUUCUCAUGGCUAGGGCCGAUGCUGCAAAGAAGAAAGCCGAGGAGGCAGUAGCUCUGGGUGAUAAUACGCUGAAAGAAGCUCAGGAAGUGUUAGCAUCUAUGAAAGAUUUUGACAAGAAAAGCCAAAUUAGCAAAGAAAAGGCGAAUAAAGAACUAGAGCGAAUACCGGAGAUUGAAACAUUGCUUUUUGAGGCUACUUCCACGACUAUUAACGCACAGGAAGCUCUUCAAGGUGCACUUGUAAAUGCCAAAAAUUCAGCUACUAUGGCAAAGAAAGUAGAAGAGGAAAUGUCCGACAAAGUAUCAAACGAUUUGAAAACUCUCAAAGAAAGUGUUAACAAAGGGACUGAAGAUGCGGAAAAGAUGGUAGGAAUUGUGAAAGCUGUCGACCAGAGGGUAGGACAACUUGAAGAAAAAAUUGAAAAAAUGAAAUCCGCUAAUGACGAAAACAUUAAAUUUACCGAAAUGGCGGUAGAUAAAGUAGGAAAAGCUAAAAACAAUACCGACGAAGCAGAAAGACAAGUAGUAGAAGCUUUAAAAAAAUUGGAACUUAUAGAAAAAGAAUUGAGUGACUUAACCGAUAUAGAUGAAGACACAUUGAAUCAACUUGAAAUCAGGUUCAAGCAAGUGCAAGACGAUUUUGAUAAUUCUAUUAUAAAUGAAAAGCUGUUAACACUGACUAAAGAUAAAGCAAAACAGCAAGCUCUCUUGAAGCAGCAUGAAGAAAGUUACAAUAAACUAGAGGCAGAGGUGGACAACAUCAGACGUAUAGCGUUAGCUAUCCCUGACAGCUGUUUCAACAAGGAGACGAACCUCGAGCCUUAAAAAUGAUGAUGUUCCCUCAUUAAUAUACCAAAGAUUGUGUCUAGAUGUGUAAAGAACUUUGGAUUUUGUGCCAUUUUUAUGUUUUCAUUUUCCUUUUAUUUUAUUUUUAUUUUGUGCGUGUGUGUUAAGACUUAGAUUGAGCAGGUGUAUAGCAUUUUAAAAUAGUCAAGACUCGCCGAGCCUUACUCUAUUUCUGACCUCUCCCCCUUUUCUAAAAGAUCUUUCUGAAAUGUGUUCAUUCUUUUUUAAGUCAUAGUCUUUUGUAUUAUAAGUCAAAUGAUAAUCAAAUGUAAAUCACUAUUGUAGACUAUAGUUUUGUAAGUACAAUGGUAAAAAAAUUAAUUAAACUUUUACAUUUGUUUA